AUGUCGAGGAUCAUCACAAACAGCCCGAGAUUCGCGUCGCAGCUGCUGCACCGCCCCAAGAUGCCGGCCUUUACUCUGUAUGGCGCCCGCGGGUCGACCAACACGGACCGCGUCCGCCUGACGCUCGCCGAAGGUGGUUUCACGGACUACGAGCUUGUGGUUCUCAAUCUGGGAAAGGGUGAGCAAAAGUCCGAGGACAACAUGAAGCGUCACCCGUGGGGCAAAAUUCCCGUCGUCACUUUCCCCGACGGCUUCACGCUCUACGAGAGCCGCGCAAUCUGCAAGUACCUGACGAAGAAGUACUCGUUCCCGCUGUUGCCCGCCGAGUCUGACGCCGAAGCCACGGCGCUGUUCGACCAGGCUCAGUCGGAGGAAAUCCUCUACUUCGCCGACCCUGCAGGCAAAAUCGCUUUCGAGAAGUUUGCCAAGAAGUUCAUCGGGCUGCCUGUCGAUGAGGCUGUCGUCUCCAGUGCGCUGAAGUCCGUCGAGACAUACUUCGACGUGGCGGAACGUCUCUUGCAACACAAGGAAUACAUGGCUGGGAACGACUUCACUCUCGCUGACAUCUACUACAUCCCGCUCGUCCAAAGGCUUUUUGCAUGUGGGUACGGAGACGUCGUUCUCAGUCGCCCAGCCGUGAGCGCUUGGUGGGACCGCAUCACGACUCGGCCAGCGAUACAGAAGCUGCUGGCCGCCGACAGGGAAGCCAUGGCUGCGGCCGCUGCUGCGCGGAAGUAG